CUGAGCUUAAGAGCAACAAACCAACCAUGAGUCAUUUACAGCUUGAUUUGCAAAAUCUGGUGAGACCAAAUAUACUGAAGUUGAUUCCUUACAGAUGUGCAAGGGAUGAUUACGAUAACGGCAUUCUCCUGGAUGCCAAUGAAUGUUCAUAUGGAUCAUGCAUUCCAAUGGAAGGUGACAUGAAUCGUUACCCCUCCCCCUACAACUUUGAUUUGAAGGAGAAAAUAGCAAAGUACAGGGGGGUGAGGAAAGAGCAGAUAUAUCUUGGAGUGGGUAGUGAUGAAGCAAUUGAUAUGGUGGUAAGGGUAUUCUGUACCCCUGGUGAGGGAAGUCUAUUGAUCACCCCACCUACAUAUGGAAUGUAUAAGGUUGUGGCUGACAUAAACAAUGUGCAAGUCAUUUCAGUUCCUCUGACAGAAGAGUUCCAUUUGCCAGUUGAUGAGGUUGUAGAUGCAGUAACUCCACAAACCCAUGUGAUUUUUUUAUGUUCCCCAAACAACCCAACAGGCAACACUCUGGCAACUGACAGAAUUAUUGCACUUCUUGAGAGAUUUGAAGGAAUAGUGGUGAUUGAUGAAGCAUAUGUUGAUUUCAGCACUUGUGGUAGUCUGUGUUAUCUUCUCGACAAAUAUCCUCGCUUAGUAAUUCUGCAGACUUUUUCCAAGGCAUUUGGUUUGGCAGGAAUAAGGUUUGGGAUGGCCAUUGCUCAUGAAGACAUCAUCGCAAUAUUCAACAAAGUGAAAUUUCCUUAUAACAUCAGCAAACUCACUGCUUCUGUAGCUCACAAAGCACUAGAUAACGUACACCUUAUGGAGGCUAAUGUGAAGAGCAUUGCUGAACAGAAAGAAAGGAUUAUUGAAGAGCUGGAAAAAAUUCCAACAGUGAGAAAGAUUUUUCCAUCAGAUAGCAACUUCGUUUUUCUGAGGAUAGACCACGCCUAUGAAAUCUACAAGAAAAUGGCCUCAGAGAAAGGUGUUGUGAUUCGCUAUCAAGGAUCUAAAGUCCACUGCAAAGAUUGUGUCAGAAUUACCGUUGGGACCUCAGAGGAAAAUGACGAAUUGCUUAAAACCUUGAAGAAAACCAUAGCAGAGCUGGAUGAGGCUCCAAAUGGUUCGGUCUGAAUCAUCAUAAAAUUUGUGUGCAUUUUCUCUUUCAUUUUAGUUCAUUCUAGUGCCAGUUCUACUCAGAAAAGAUAAGUUGAGUUUAAAAAAAACCACAACGACAAUGGUAACGGGAACGUCACUAAACAAAAGGUUUCAUGAGCAGGACAAAGGCUGUACACGUGUGUUGUAAAGCUUUGUAAAUUUCUUUGCGUUCUCUGCAAAACAAAAUCGUGAAAUGACUAAACUUUGCGUUUUCUGGAGAACGUGAACGGCGACGCCUAAUUUUUUAGAUUCCCAUGUCUAAUUUAACGCUGUGUUCCAUGUUCAGUUUCGAGAUAGUUUUGACCGCGAGAAACAAACUUAAUGACUUUCGAGUAUCGCGAGAUUCGUAUGUCAAAUAUAAGUUCAUUUUUUUAACCGACGUUGUCCACGGCGUCGCCGUCGCCGUCGUUGUUUCUUAAACUCCAUAUUGUCGGCUCUAUUUAGUCGUCAAAACAAUAUUUGGGAAGGGGAGAGGAAUGGUACUGCCUUUCUAGUCUAACUGGGAGAGGUAAACAGCAAAGCGAAUGCUUUACAAAGACAACCUCAAAACACAGCGGUCAAACGUCUGCAUAUGUGCAAGCGUUGUAAUGACUACUCGGCGUGCUUUCAGGCUGUCAGAACCAAGUUGUCUCACUCGAGUUACAUAUUUAAAAAUUAUAAGAACUACCACGUCAUGGUGUUUAAAAAACGUAUAACUUUUUCGGUAAAACUCAAAACAAAAUAGUUAAUCAGCAGGAUACCCGUACUUGAGAAAGCUUAAGUCCGUACAGUCUCAAGUACUGCUUUUCCCUUCUUUUGUUUCUUUUGAAAAAUUUCUGUGAACCUUUCAAUUUUCUUUUGUCUCUUUUGCGAGACGGUAAGUGUUUCUUAUGUCUUCCUUUGAUGUUUAGCGCGGGAAAUUAGCGUGUGGCCGGGCCGAUUUGAUCCCACUGCGCAUGCCGGACGUUUCACCGCUGUGUUCAUCCUCAAGUAUAUAGUCUAAAUUUCGGAAAGUAAGCCCAUGGCCUUCUGACUUUUAAGGGCUCACAUUAUAGGAGCAAAAUUUAUCAAUGGAAUUAAAUAUUUGUCCUAGAGAAAGAAAUUCUUGAAAGGAAAGAACUUUAUAAUUCUGGAUGUCACGGCUGUUCAGGGGGUGCGUGGGGGGUGUAAGUAAAAGGGGUGAUAUUGACUAAAAAGCUCCCCCUCCCCCGUGUUUUUUCUAUGAAGUUUGUGUAGGUCGUAUAGAGUCGUGAAAAAUGAUUGAAAAUGGUACUUUUUUAGAAUAGCAAAUAAAAGAAGAAAGAACGUU